AUGAGUGGAGACUUGGAGAGCCAUGAGCUUUUGGACUGUGGUUGCGCAAGAGUUUACCAAGUGUACACCGCGCUGGCCAACCGCAGCACGGCGCUGGACGCCGACGUCCUCGGCCUGCUGAACGUUUUAGAUGACACGUUCGACGAGGCUGAAGAGGAAAUAAUGCAGAGUACUCUGCACCACGUAAAACGGUUCCCUAAUUCAAAUAAAACUGGCCAGGAGAUUGCUCAUGGUCAUAAACACUCGCAUCAUAGUAAAAGAAAAUACGAGAGUCUUAAACGUAAAUAUCAAAGAUUAAAAGAUAUAUUGGCUGCACGGAAAGUAAGUACGGAUCGUAGCAGCCCGGUAGAAAGUAAAAAACAUGUUGAUGUAAAUAUGAAUCGAGCAGACAUGAAAGUCAUGCAGACAUGA